AGAUAUCAUACUGUCCUAGAGGAAAAUGUCUGCAUAUAUUUUGAACGCUCUUCUCUUCAGGAUAUUGUUACCAAUCAUCAUAACGUCAUGCGUAAUAUUUCGUCCAUCUGGCCUUUCCUCCAUUUACCUGCUCGUGUUAUGUUUCCUGCCAUUCGUUCCUGUACCGACUACAAGUACCAUCCAAGGACACACGGGGUUGUUCCUCAAGAUACUAAUAGCUAUAUCUGUACUGACUUCGCUAUGCCAACUGACUUUCCAAAUAGUGUUGCUAUUAUUACCUCCAUACGCGCAUUUUCUAAAGGAGGACCUUUUACUAGAGAAAAUCCUACGACACGUAGGUUUUGUAAGACUGAACGACAUAUCCAUAGUGCCUACUAUAAUAUGGCUCGCCCCAGAAGUCAUCAUGUUCCUCGCUUCAAUUAUAUUUUUCAUAGUUCUGAAAAAACUUAACCCUCCCCCGGGUAGUUUGAAUCUGGACGAAUCGCAAUCUUUUGUUGCUCCCAGGCACAAAACUGCAGCGGAAUAUGUUAGUUACGCUGUCGGCAUAGGUCGCUACGGUGUCUUAGCGAUGUUAUGUCUCGCGGCGAUCGUGAAGCCAUCUGUAACGGGAGGAUUGUACUUUUUGAUAUUUUUGAGUUCCGCCACCUGGUGGGCAUCCUACAAACAAUUGGGUAGGGGUUUUGCAAUCGUCUUAUGCUGCCUCUUGCCGAUAGUUUUCCUACAUAUUUGCGGUUUGUACGCUUAUCAGUUCCAGUGGUCUCAGGAAAUUCUUCCGAGUAAUAGUUCGUAUGUCAGAUAUUUUGGUUUAACAGCACAGAUUAUCGUCGAUGAAGCUGAGCAGAGAGAUUACAUUUUCGCCCAAGACCUGAACUGGGACUCUUUCGUAAACCCUCUGGUUCUAUAUUUGUUGUAUAUGGUCCUUAUUCUCGAGAGUAGGGAAUUGCUGAAAGUGGAGUUGCAAAAGAAACAGGGCGCAUUUUCUCGCUUAGAGGGGAGCUUUACUGGAGAACUUGGCCGGCAGAUGUCGCAGCGCUUACGGAAGCAACAGCUCUUGCGGUCCUCGGCCACUAAAAAGUGGCAACGCGCUACUCGCAAAGUUCGAAUUGGUUUAGAGUUAGAGAACGAAAAAGCAAUAGAAAUAGAAAAAGCAAUAGAAAAAGUGAACAAAGAGCCUACUGAGCGUACACCCUUGAUACGUGGAGCUACGGGGGGGCCAAAGAGACUCCUCCCGAAGAAAAGCGGCCUCACGCAGGACUCCACUGGCAGCGUAACUAUAACGGCGGAGAUCGAAGAUAUCGCUUUGGACGAUUUCGACGAGGAGGAGCACGAGGCGCAUUGGUUUGAGAACGUCAUUUUCGUGCUUGGUUCCAUCCUCCAGAUCAUAGUACGCUCGUCGUAUAUCGUUACGAAUAUUAUCAUGAUGGCGUGGAGCAUAACCUACCUAAGCUGGGUGACAUUCGUUCUUCUGCUGUGGGCGAACUUGAUUUGGCUCAUCCCGAACCAAAGAAAGAACAUGCUCCACUCUAGCCCUUUCCUGGUCAUUUACGCCUGGUUCCUCCUGAUAGCCGGCUACGUAUAUUCGAUGAACCUUACCGAAGACGAAAUACCUUCGAAGAUCGAAGGUGUAGAUCUGAGCGAAAUAGGAUUCGUCAAAAUCAGUGUGCUGCCGUGUGUCCCUCUUUUCGUUAAAUGUUUGUACACGGUUAUGUUUUGGGUUACUUUGAGGCAGUACAUGCAAGAACGGGUCGAAGCGAAGCAAAGCAGCGCCCUUGCGGAUAUGGUCGCUCCUCUGCAAGUGACUGUUGGUACCGCAGCUGGGGUGAAAAAUGAAAAAUCAGAAACCGGUAACAAAAUAAUGGAGCGGAUAGGACAGUUCAUGAAGCAAUUCUUCACGAAGUUUUGGAUUUGGGUGGUCGCUAUCACGCUGUUCGCAGUUGCUAUAACCGGCGAAAGAAUGACCGUUUUCAGGAUAGUAUACAUGGCAUUGUUCUUGUUUUUCAUAUUAUCUUUUCAGUUUUCUUUCCGAGUUUGGAGGAAAGUCAUGUUUGGAUUCUGGCUGACCGUCAUCAUUUACUCCAUGAUAAUAUUAGUUCUCGUGUACACCUAUCAAUUCAAAAACUUUCCUUCGUACUGGACAACGUAUCUGCAUAUCCCCACCGGACAGCAGUUCGACAUAGGUCUGGAACAAUAUAAAACGAAACAGUUGUUCGUCAGGUUGGUGACUCCAACAUUUUUCGUGAUCGUAACUGUGAUCCAGCUGCACUACUUCCAUAACGACUUCAUGGUCCUUUCGGAUCCCAAAAAUACCAGCGUUGUAACAGAAGAGAUUACUGCCGAGGAUGCGGAUCAGAGUUCUUUGCAAGGGGGCGCCUACAUCGACCGCAGUGGAAAGGAAGAUCGCUCAUCAUCUGUUCAGUACAAUCUGUACGAGCUUGGACAUAUGUCUUCGAUACAGUUCCAGCAUCUGGCGCAGGAGUGGCUAAAGAAACUGCACCGAGUGAAGAACUUGAUAUUUCUCUUCAUGGAACUGCACAUGAUCAAGAUUGUCUUCCUCUUCGCCAUGCUCAUGGCAAUUCAUGACAAAUGCGCCACGUAUUUCAUCGUAGUGGCUCUUAUACCUGUGGCGUUCUCCUUCGGAAGACCUAUGCAGAUUGUCGUUAUAUACGCCACUUCUUUACUUGCUUCGUUGAUGCUUUUGCUUCGGAUGAUUUAUCAAAUCCAAUACAUCAAUCCCGGGAAUUGGAACGUCACAUGCCAGGUACACAACAAUCCUCUAUUGAACGAAACUGUUACAAAUAUCGCCCCUUGGCUUGGGUUCAGAAAAACCGAAGAGGUGCACACCUCUUUGAUAGACUUGGUUCAGUGGAACAUCAUUUACAUCGUGAUAGUUACUCUGUGGAGUGUCAUCUUGGUAAGGCAGUACAACUACCGAAUGUCAAGAGGAAGACCCACCACCAGAGCUUUUUUUAUGUUCCCGAACGUCACGAUAGUCGAUUCAAACAAAGAUUUGGAAAAUUUCUGCAAAUAUAUGGCCAACUUUGCUUUCUACAAGUUUGGAGUUGAGAUUUCGUUAAUAAUGACUGUGGUAUUGAUCGGGAUGAGAAUGGAUGGGUAUGCUGUUCUGUACGGCAUGUGGCUUGUGGCUAUGUUUUCUUUGGAAAGGAAAACACUGGCGAAAGUUUGGGUAUUUUAUUUGAUAUUUAUCGCAUGCGCUUUACCGUUCCAGUACUUCAUGGCCGUAGGACUCCCACCGGUGUUGUGUCAAGAAUUUCCUUGGGAUUUCCCGGACCCAAUCAUGAGAGGUCUGCAAGACUGGGCUUUUCUUUUGGACAAUUAUGAACCACCUCCAGUUAAAAAACUGAUUUAUGAUUUCCUGGUGUUGUUGCUGGUUUCUCGGCAAUGGGUAGUUUUCAGAAUCGAAAAACGGUACGAGUCAUUGGCUUAUGCCGGUGGUUCAAAUGAGAGUGUUAUCCAUCAAGCGGAGCAGACAGAAUUUGAUAAUCCCGUGCCUGAUUUCAUAACUUACGUGAGGUCUUAUUUGGAUAUUUUGAAAAGGGCCGUCCUGCAAAGCUUUCUCUGGAUCACAUUGGCUCUAUUAUUCAUAGCUGGUACUAAUCGAGUUAACUUAUUCUCCAUUGGGUACCUUCUUGGAGCUUUCGUUUUUCUGUGGCACGGCUCAGAUUUUUAUUUGAAACCAAUACCGAAAAUUCUGCGGCAGUGGCAGUUUCUUCUGGGCUACAACGUGACUGUAAUUUUCUUGAAAACCUGUUUUCAACUUCUCGGCUGCGUGUUCCUUCACUACAUACCGGUCAGCUGUUGUUUUUUGAUUCAACUCCUGGGAAUAGGUUGCGUGAGAAAAUUCACUAAUGCGACAGAUCCAUUAACUCCAAACGUCAAAGAGGGCAUAGCUGAUUCCUGCGAGGUCCCCAGCGAGUUCAUGGGCAUAGCCUGGGAUACAAUUUGUUUCGGAUUUUUAAUAUUCCAGAGAAGGAUCUUCAACAGCUACAACUUUUUCCAUAUCAUCGACGAUACGAAAGCUACUACAAUUUUAGCUUCGAGAGGAGCUGUCCUCAUUGAAGAAAUGAGAAUGAAGACGAUGCAGGAACAAGACGAAAUGGAAAGGAGAGUCCUGGAGAAAAUCAAAAUGAAAAUGGACAGGAUAAAGGCGAAUCAACAGAAAAUUCAAGGUGAUAGAGUUAUAGACAACCACUAUACAGAUUCAAUCUUUAGUGGUAGACCGAAAUAUAGGGUGAAGCCCCCAGUAACCUACAAACAGGCAAUAAGAUCCGGUGACUAUUACAUGUUUGAUGAACUGGAAGACGAAGACAUCGAUCUCUUGCCUGAAGAGAAAACCUUGGAAGAAGAAGAUAAAGGCACGAAACCGGACAUGGUUGAGUUGUUAGCUACUGCAUUCAAGAACGAUGUCAAUAGCGCAUUACGUCGGAGUAGUGUGAGUCAGGCGAAUUUGAUGCUGCGUAGGCAGCAAAGUAUGCCUCUUACUCGAAAAAAAUCUGCACGUUCCCAAUAUUCAGCCGCAUUUUCCGCUCCCCCUACAAUCGAGGAACAUGAACCUAGGAGUGUGAGGAUACAAGAGAUUCCAGAAAUUGAACCCAAGCCAGGAACUAGCAAAGAUGAAGAAUUCAGCGAACUUUCAGAUUUAAAAGAAACAAUUGGACGAAAAAUUAUGACUUUCUUAUUGUUCAUUUGGGCCUUCAUUGAUAGUGGAUUAGUUAGUUUGACUAACUUUUUGAAUAAGUAUUCGCGGAAUUACAGAUAUGUCUUGAAAAUAUUGGCGAAGGAAAAAAGAGUAUUAAAGGAAAAAACCCACUACAAUGUUGGUGUGCGAUUGGGUCCCAAUCAAAUUUGGCAACCAGCCGGAUCUUAUCACAGUCUCCUGAAGCGUUCAAUAGAUGACUCCCUUACGCUAUCGAGAUCCACAACGGAAAUUAUGAGUCCAACGAGUUCUUACAAAUUGGCUGUGAGUCUCAGAAGGAUGGAUUCCAUCCAGAGUGACACUGAGGAAAAGCCCACGCUAAGCGAAGAAAGCGAUACAAAGGUGUUGGCUACAUCUCUGCCUUGUUCUUCUGAGCAAGAUAGUCGGAGGUCCUCCUUGGUACCACAAAGCGCUGCCAUCGAAGCCGAAGAACUAUCUCAAUACGACCAACCGACCAUCUUCAGACUCAUGCUGGCCAUCUGGUACACGGUACUCAGCAGAUCAGAGAUUCUGUGCUACUUCGUGAUAUUCCUCAACCAAACCAGGAAUUCCAACUUCAUUUCGCUGCCCUUGCCUCUCAUGGUGUUUUUCUGGGGCUCUUUGACCAUACCCAGGCCCACGAAAACGUUCUGGGUCACCAUCAUUGCUUACACAGAGGUGAUCGUGCUGCUAAAGUGCCUAUUCCAGUUCGAUAUAAUGCCCGGAAAUACUAUGCGGUCUAAAACUGAGUAUACGUCGACAAUAAGUGAGAACAAUCCCUUUUAUCCCCCGACGAUUAUUGGUCUUCGACGGAUGGAUUCUUAUUACGCCUUGUGGGAUCUCUUUCUUUUGUUGGUCGUGUUCUUCCACAGAGUCCUUCUGAAGUCCAUGGGCAUAUGGAGUUCUUCAGCUCCAGUCACAGCCGCUCUUUUAAGCGAUGGAGAUUACAAAUUGGACAAUGGGGAGCUUGUUCCUUUGAGCGCUAGCUCUCCUAAUGAAGAAAGAGGUCAGGACCUUGCCUCGACGAGCAAAUCGGUUAGGACAGUCACUCCCGUAUCCGACAAAUCAAAUAACUCGCAGGACGAUGAUACUAUCGUGGUUAAAGUCAGGAGAGUGGAAAAAAUCAAGCAUCUGUCGCUGGCAGUAAGAAUGGCACUGGCCAAAUAUGCAGAUCACUUCAAACUUUUUAUACAGCAGCUGUUAGAUCCCGCUUCUAGGGUUCCUGCCGAUGUGUACACGUUGAUGUUUCUUUGCGAUUUCGUCAACUUUUUCGUUAUUCUUUUUGGAUAUUCUUCGUUUGGAACUCAGCAGGACGGAGGAGUUUCGGAUUAUCUUCAGGAUAAUAGAGUACCGGGUUUAUUCCUCUUCAUGCUGAUUUUACAGUUCAUGCUUAUCGUCAUCGAUAGAGGAAUAUAUUUGAGGAAAAAUAUAUUGGGAAAACUGAUUUUCCAAUUCACCACGAUUAUUUUUUUGCAUAUUUGGCUCUUUAUUCUAUUUCCAGUCAUCACUGGAAGACAAUGCAACGCGGUUGUGCCUCCUCAGAUCUACUACAUGAUGAAAUGUUUCUACCUUCUAUUCUCCGCUUAUCAGAUCAGGUGCGGUUAUCCGACAAGGAUUUUGGGAAACUUCCUCUGUAAAGGCUACGGCUACGUAAACAUGUUCCUUUUCCGAGGAUUCAUGCUUGUUCCGUUCCUGUUCGAAUUGCGUACUUGCAUGGACUGGAUGUGGACCGAAACUUCGAUGACGAUCUUCGAUUGGAUAAAGAUGGAGGAUAUUUACUCGCACAUAUUUUUGUUGAAGUGUUCGAGGCACGUCGAGGACGAGUACCCGCAGCCCAGGGGCGAAAAAAAGAAACCGUUCAUCAAAUAUUUAAUGGGCGGCGCGAUGCUCACCGUCAUCAUAGGGAUAAUCUGGUUCCCGCUCGUCUUCUUCUCGCUAGGCAACGCAGUAGGCGAGGCCAAUUUGCCCUCGGACGUGACUAUCGAGUUGCGAAUCGGGCCUUACGAACCCGUCUACAAGAUGUCUGCGCAGAGCAAUUCGAUAUUCGAGUUCUCGCCGCAGCAUUUGGAAGACAUGAGAAUUGCCUACAACGCUUUCACGGUUUCGGAAACUUUUAUUUAUAAUUAUGAGGCGGUCGAUAUCGCGGCAGUGAAGUUGAGUUCAGAUUCCGCCAACAUAUGGGGUAUUUCUCCUCCGGAUCGCAAGAGGAUGGUAGCUGAAAUUGAGUCCUCCAAUGAUUUGAAAGUUAGAUUGGACUUCAAGGUCUCCCACAAAACCAGCAAACCGGAGGACUCUGGUAUCUUGUCGGGCUUUACCGAAAUAAAAAUCCCGCCCAGCUCCAAAACCAACGACACUUCGAGAGAAAACCUGUUGAAGAUGUUGGCGGGCGAAAAAUCCGACCCGGUACAUUUGGCGUACCUGCUGCCCAAAUUUUUGAAGGUGACCAGCCAAGGUACCGUUACUCCAGUUGACGUGCUCAUGAUGGAGAGGCCAGUAAUCCAAGCUAAACAAUACCGGAACGUAACUUUGCGUUUGCUCCGACCGAAAGAGAAUGGUAAUGGGCCGGGAUCAUACCAAGAAUGGUGGCACGUCCAGGAAGAAUGCGGAGAUUACAAUGAUAUCAAUAUCUUGGAAAAACUUCCGUACGCCGACUGUGCAGGAUCCAUUGUGCUAUACACUUUCAAUGAUAAAGUGUUUCCGCCUACUCUGAAUUUCAUCACAGCUGGAGGCAUCCUAGGUCUCUACACAACUCUCGUCUUCGUCGCUUCUCGCGUCCUCCGUGGCUUCUUUGCCGACGGUCUCUCCAAGAUCAUGUUCGAGGACAUGCCAAACGUAGACCGCGUCUUGCAACUCUGCCUUGAUAUUUAUCUGGUGCGGGAGGUCUGUGAAUUCGCUCUCGAAGAAGACCUCUUCGCCAAGCUGGUGUUCCUCUUCCGGUCGCCGGAGACGCUUAUCAAAUGGACCAGGCCCAAGGAGGAAGUCGCAGACGAGGACGAUCCCGAAGGGGAUGACGAUUAAGGGAGAGGAAUCGCGAUCGGUUUUGAGUCUUUCGUCGAAAUUCGCGACCUCUUUUUUGGGAAGAAGUGAAGGAAAUUGUUUUGUCGAGGUUGUGUCACGGAAUACCUUAUCUGUCACGCACAGAACUCGUAAACUUAUAUCUGUCACAAGAUUUGAGUUCUGUGCUGUUGAGGUGUUCCGUGGUCACGUCUAUUGACGCCUCUGAGAAAUUGUCGACUGUAGGGAAAGGGAUGGAUAUAUGUUUGUCAGAGUUAAGCUUUCACAGAUGAAGACGAAUUCUGUGAUCUGUGAUCUUCAUAUUAUGAUCUUUAAAAAGAAAUAAAAUUUUAACACGAUAUUUAUAUUCUAUUCAAAACUACAAGUAGAUGCUUAUUAAAACAAAUAUCUCGGACUGCUCUACGUAUAUCAAGUCAAACGUAUCAGAUCCGUUUUUUCCUUUAGUUUACUCGCAGUUUUUACGUUUUAUUGUGAUGUUUGUUAUUUCACCUACUAACAUAUUCAUAUUUGCAAGGGAAAGGUGAUAUUUUGCUUUGGAAAUUAUUUUUCUUUUUUGGCUGAAACUUGAUUUAAUGCUUUUCAACACAAAUUCACGUCUCUGGAAUUUAAUAAAUAUUUUAUUCUCGGGUGAUAUAUGUUACAUAGUAAUCCCGAAUAUAAACUUGCAAGUGUUUUUAUUCAAAAAAAAGUUACAUUGCUAAUGUAUGUGCUUUUUGAACCUAUUUUAUUAUUUAAAUUAUUUAUUUACCAUUAUUUUAAUAUUUGUAUUUAUUUGUUGAAAUUAUAUUUUUACAAAUAUCAUAUAUUUUCAAAUAAAUAUUUGUUAUCGAUUCAUUUCCAUGUGACCUCUAAUUGUAACAGUAACCAUAGAAGUUUUAAAAUGAACUAUAUAUUUAUUAUUAAAGACCCAUAGUUUCGCUAUGAGAAUGAUACCAAUUACAACUGAUUGUGUUAUGUAAUUAAGUGCACUGUCCUCUGUUGAAAAUUUAUAGUUUGUUUAUA